GUUUAGUAAAGUUUCAGUCCCAGUUUUCUCUAAAAUGUUUUAGUAUUUUUCAACUUGGUUUAAGUCUAAACUUCAUGUGACAGUUAAUCAAUACGUCUUGAUUUAAAUAUGAGCGUUCAACUUUUCACCUUGCAGCCCAAGCCACAGAAUGCCAUCACCAUUGCCGUUUCAUCCCGGGUUCUCUUCAACAUGGAGAAGGAGCAGCAGAUCUUCGAGCGGCAGGGGAUGGAGGAGUACAUCAAAUACCAGGUGGCUCAUGAAACAGAGCCUUUCAGUCCUGGACCGGCUUUCUCCUUUGUCAAGGCUUUAGAGGCCGUCAACACUCAGCUGAGAGAACUUUAUCCUGAAAGCGAGGAGCUCUUUGAUGUGGUUCUCAUCACCAACAACCACGCAAAUGUUGGUUUGAGGCUCAUCAAUACCAUCAAUCAUUACCGUGAGUCAAUGAUCAGUCAAGUCCCUUUUCACCUUCAGCUAUAGGUGGUUCACAUCAAAGAUUAUAAUUUUAUCAUUAUAUCAUCAGGGUAUCAUUGUGUCAUUGUAGUGCAACGCCU